GCCUUCUCCAAACAAUCUACUUUAUGUGUGUCUUCUAGUUGCCCUUUACGACUCACCUGCUAACUCAGGUUUCCACCAAGAACUCAUGUUCUGUAAAUAUUUUAUGUCAUUCAAACGUACUUGUAAAUGUUAUGUAAAUAUUAUAUGUAACCCUCCCCCACUCUAUUCUAUCUCACAGCAGUGCGGGUGGUUUUCCUCCGGGGACUCCGGUUUCCACCCUACAAAUCGCUCUUGUACUGCCCUGUGACACUCAUUACUUUACAGUAGCAAGCCUGACCGCCCGGCAACUUUUUUUCUCCCAUUGUACUUCUAUUUCUCCUCACUUUUUCUUCCCUGUGUACCAGUCUUGGUACACACACUGCCCCUUCUUGUAACACCCCCCUUUUUCUAAAUAAAAACUUGAAAAACUUGAAAACGCACACUCGUUCUCACAGCAGUACGGCGACACUAUGCCUCCCAAAGCAUCAGGAAAGGCUGCCAAGAAAGCUGGCAAGGCACAGAAGGCCAUUGCCAAGGGCGACAAGAAGAAGAAGCGCAGGAGGAAGGAGAGCUACUCCAUCUACAUCUACAAGGUGCUCAAGCAAGUCCACCCAGACACUGGCGUGUCCUCCAAGGCCAUGUCAAUCAUGAACUCGUUCGUGAAUGACAUUUUCGAGCGCAUCGCUGCCGAGGCAUCCCGCCUGGCACACUAUAACAAGCGCUCCACUAUCACCAGCCGGGAAAUCCAGACCGCUGUCCAUCUUCUUCUGCCUGGUGAACUGGCAAAACACGCUGUUUCUGAAGGCACCAAGGCUGUUACCAAGUAUACCUCCUCCAAGUAAACAGGCGGCCAGUAUACUGCUGCCAGUAUAAAAUAAUACCCGGCUCC